AUGGAAAUACAGCUCGCGGCGGCAGCAGUGCGCGCGCUCGAGGCGGCGCUCAAGCGGAAGCUUGAGGGGGAGGCGGUCGGGGACUUCAACGUCGACGCUGCGGCGGAAGCUUCUGCGCUCCUGAAGCGCGCGCGCGGCAACUCCGAGGGAGGCGCGGCCACGCAGAGCGGUAGACCCGAGGCUGGCGCAGCAGGUCGCACCGACGGUUUUGCCGAUCGCGGGGAUGCUAAUAACGCGGACGCUCAUCGCUCAGAAAGUUCCAAGAGACCAGCGGUGGGCGGCAGCCGGCCGGCCGCGCGAGGCGGCGCCGAUGACGUCAUGCCGACGCGAUCUGAGCUGGAGGCGAUUUGGCAGUUAGUGCACUCGGGGUACUUCGCGGGCGGCGGGGAGGGGGAGCUGCGCGAGGGGCAGGGUGCGCACGAAGCGGCGGAUUUAGCGGGCGCUUCCGGGAGCAGAGGGGAAGGGUCUUUGCCACGUGCCGUGGGAACGUCUGAGGUGGCAGCGCGAGAGGGAAGGGCGAUUCGGAAGGCGUGGGAGGAGUCUCUUUCCGCGCAAGGCGGAGGCGCGGGAGAGCGGGGUGGAAGGGGGGAUGACUUUGCGGGCGGCGGGGUCCAGCAGUCGUCGAAGAAAGGGCAGAACCUGGGCCCCCAGGCCAUGGCCGCGCGGCCAAUCUCCCCCCACACACUCUUUACCCCAUCCCCCUCGCACGCGUCGGGGUGCCGCACCCGCGCGCCCCUCCUCUUCUUCUCUCCCUUCUCUCUCACCCUCCCCCUUUCAGAUGCGGUGGGAGCGGGUGAACGCACGCAUGAGGGUGCUGCAGGGGCUGGUGCCGGGGGCGGCAACGAUGACAACAGAGAGCUUCCUGCUCCUCGCUGUCAACCCCCCUCCUCCCCCCGUCCCCCUUCCCCCCGCGCUCCUCCACCCCCCCUUCCCUCACCUCCGCAGAUGCGGCGGGAGCGAGUGAACGCGCGCAUGAGGGUGCUGCAGGGGCUGGUGCCGGGCGCAGCCACGAUGACGACCGAGAGCUUCCUGCUCCUCUCUCUCACCGCUCCCCCCCCCCCCCCCCUUCUUCCCCCCCUUCCUCCCCGCACUUCCCCCCCCCCCCCCAACCCCUCAGAUGCGGCGGGAGCGAGUCAAUGCGCGCAUGAGGGUGCUGCAGGGGCUGGUGCCGGGGGCGGCAACGAUGACAACGGAGAGCUUCCUGCUGGAGGCAGUUCACUACGUGCGCUUCCUGCUGCAGCAGGUCAUGGUGCGUUCACUGCUGCUGUGUUCCACUUCCACCCGCCCCCUCCCGGUGCGUCUCCUGCUGGUGUGUGGCGUUGUAACCAAGGCUGUGUGGCAUUGAGUCGACUCCCCUUCCUGCUGGAGGCAGUUCACUCCGUGCGCUUCCUGCUGCAGCAGGUCAUGGUGCGUUCACUGCUGCUCCGCUCCCUCCCGGUGUGUCCCCUGCUGCUCUCCUCUCCUCUCCCCCCCCCCACACGGGUGCGUGUUGCUCUGCCCCCCACUCCCCCCUGGUGCGUUCCCUGCUGCUCCCUCCUUCCUUUCCUGCCGCCCUUUCUCUUCUGCGCUCCUCCACACCCCCCUUUCUCCUUAUUCCCCUUUUCCCCACCCCCUUCUCUCCUUAUCCCCCCACUCCUCACCCCACCCCUCUCCCCCGCUGCUCGCCCUCCGCCUUUGCAGGAGCUAUCAGAGCUUUAUACCCCUCAGAACCGCAACAGGGAGGAGGGGGAGGGGGAGAGUGGCGAGGGGCAGAGCCGAGCGGGGGAGGGGGCUGGGUGCAGUGUUGAAGGGGGCGCUGGAGGGAAGGGUGACGUGGACAGCGAGUUGAGGCGGGAAGGGCUGCGAUUGGUGCGCGUGGAUCGGCUGUUGCCGAUAGUGGGGGUGGGUGGGCUGCUGGAUUGUAUUCUGGUGAAGCAGCAGCAGCGGGAGGAGCAGCGGCAGGAGGACGAGGGGAGGAAUGAGGAGAGGGAGGAGGGGGAAGAAGGGAUGGGAGGCGAGGAGGGAGAGGAUGGGGAGGAGCAGGAGGGGGACAUCCUGAGGCAGGGCAGCUCGGCGCGCUCUGCUGAAGCAAAGGCACUGGUCCACGUGUCGCACAUCAACAGGCUCAGGGUGUCGCACGCGAUCAGUCGGUCGCAGAGCCAGUCUCGUUGCACAUCGCUCACUGUCAGGGCCGCAGGUGAAUCUGGAGACACACCGGCCACUGAUUCCGCUGCCGCAGCUGCAGCUUCUGCAGGGAGCAAGCCCACACCUGAGGCAGCCUCGGCAGAGUCAUCAUCAGCCUCGGGAGUGCCGGUUCUGACCAUAGUGGCCGGCGUUUUUGUCUUUGCCCUCGUGAUCUUCGCGCUCUUCUCGCUCGCCAGUGCCAUUCUGGGCAUUUUCUUGCGCUAA